UCGAAGAAAAAUAACGUAUUAAUUUAUUUAUUUCUCUCGAUGCGAAACCUAAAAUGACCUUCGAUUGAAAUAAUAUUGAACAAAAAUGAAUUUUUACUUAAUUUUUUGUCUUUUCUUCGUAGUUUUGGUAGAAAACAGCUUUGCAGGACGUCGUUUAACGAUUGAAGGAAAUCCCUGUCUAACCAGCUUCGGCGAUGAUGGUUUCUGUACUUCAUCAAAAAAUUGCAAAUGGAUCAAGGAAAUUCCCGAAAACGAUUGGACUCUUUGUGAUAACAACUUGAUUUGUUGUAAAAAUUCAUCGUCUUCUGAAACUUAUAUUUUACCUUCAAUUUCAACUCCAUCUCCAUUAAAUUUUAAUUACAAUCGAAUUUUUUACACUCCUGAACAAUGCAAAGAACUCUCCCAACAAUACUCGCGGAUAGCAGCACCUUGGGAAGGAAUCGCCCACGGUGAAGAUGCAAAUCCUCAAGAAUUCCCUUUCGCCGUUGCAAAAUACGACAUUAUGCCGGAUGGCACUGAAGUGCAUGUUUGUGGCGGAACAAUCAUCUCAAAAAGACAUGUGUUGACGGCAGCUCAUUGCAUCACGAACGAAAUUGAAAAUCCACAAUUGGCAGUCAUCAAAUACGGAAGUGUUGUGAUUGAUGAAACUACGGAUAACAAAGUUAGCAAAGUUUAUUACAAUUUGAAUUAUAAAAACUCUGGAUCGGGUAACGAUAUUGCUAUUUAUUUGCUCGAAGAUGACAUUCAAAUCAAUGGAAAUGCCUUCCCUGCCUGUCUUUAUCACGGAAAUGAUGAUCUUGUGUUGGAAAGUAUCGCCUCAAUUGUUGGUUUUGGUCAAGUUACGAACAAAACUCUUCCAAAAAACCUCCAAAAAGCCCAAAUCAACAUAAAAAACGAAGAAACUUGUAAAAUAGUUUAUGAAUUAAAAGGAGCAACAAAACUUUUGGAUCAUCAAAUAUGUGCCGGUGACUCACAAAGCGUAACAGACACGUGUAAGGGCGAUUCAGGAGGUCCUUUGAUACAAAAAUUUGAGAAUAUUUCAACAGUUGUCGGUAUCACAAGUUACGGAUCAGGUUUUUGUGACAGCACGAGAUUUAGCAGUGUGUAUACUCGAGUUUCGUCGUUUAUUUCUUGGAUAGAAGCGAUCGUUCAACAGGAUUUUAAAGAUUUGGAAGAAAUUCCUGUACUUAAUCCAAGAAUUGAUGUUUAAAAUU